UCGCGCGGCGGGCGGCAGCGCGAGGCUGAGGCGCGGCGCGGGCAGCGGGAGCGGGGAGGGCGCCGCCGGCUGCCGCGGCCGGCAGCAUGGAGGAGGCGGCUGAGGGGAAGGCGGGAAACGGCCCCAACGGCUACGCGGAGGGGCCGGCGGCGGCGGAGCGCGGCGGCGGCCGGCUGGGGGGCUGCCGGGCUUUCCUGCGGCGCAACGCGCUGGUGGUGCUCACGGUGUCGGGGGUGGUGGCCGGCGUGGCGCUGGGCGCCGCCGUGCGCGGCGCGGCGCUGGGCCCGGCGCAGGUGGCCUAUCUGGCCUUCCCCGGCGAGCUGCUGCUGCGGAUGCUGCGCAUGGUGAUCCUGCCGCUGGUGGUGUGCAGCCUGGUGUCGGGGGCCGCCAGCCUGGACACCCGCUCGCUGGGCCGCCUGGGCGGCAUCGCGCUCGCCUAUUUCCUGGGCACCACGCUGCUGGCCUCCGGCCUCGCCGUCGCCCUCGGCUUCAUCGUCCGCCCCGGCGCCGGCGCCUCUGCCCUCAACGCCCCCGAGCUGGGGCUGCCGGGCGCCGUGCCCACCACCAAGGAGACGGUGGACUCCUUCCUGGACCUCGUCAGAAACCUGUUUCCUUCAAAUCUUGUUGCUGCAGCUUUCCGAACGUAUGCGACAGAAUAUAAGAUGCUGCUCAGAAAUACUACCUCUGGAAAUGUCACAGAGGAAAAGGUCCCUGUGGGUACUGAAAUUGAAGGGAUGAAUAUCCUGGGACUGGUGCUGUUUGCUCUGGUUUUAGGAGUGGCUCUGAAGAAGCUUGGCCAGGAAGGGGAAGAUUUGAUUCGCUUCUUUAAUUCAUUCAAUGAGGCAACUAUGGUCUUGGUUUCCUGGAUUAUGUGGUAUGUACCUGUUGGCAUUAUGUUCCUUGUUGGGAGCAAGAUUGUGGAAAUGGAAGAUAUUGUGCUUCUGGUGACCAGUCUGGGAAAAUACAUCUUCGCCUCUAUUCUGGGCCACUUCAUCCAUGGAGGAAUCAUUCUGCCGCUUAUUUAUUUUGCAUCCACACGUCAAAAUCCGUAUCGCUUCCUCUUAGGGCUUAUCACACCACUAACCACUGCGUUUGCCACUUGCUCCAGCUCAGCCACUCUCCCAUCGAUGAUCAAGUGUAUUGAGGAGAACAAUGGAGUCGACAAGAGGAUCAGCAGGUUUAUCCUUCCCAUCGGGGCGACUGUAAACAUGGAUGGAGCUGCUAUUUUUCAGUGCAUGGCAGCUGUGUUUAUUGCUCAGCUGAACAACGUCGACCUCAACCCUGGGCAAAUCUUCACAAUUCUUGUGACAGCUACUGCAUCCAGCGUAGGCGCAGCCGGGGUCCCAGCCGGAGGAGUCCUCACCAUCGCCAUCAUUUUGGAGGCCAUUGGACUUCCAACCAACGAUCUCUCCUUGAUAUUAGCAGUGGACUGGAUUGUGGACCGAACCACCACAGUUGUGAAUGUGGAAGGGGAUGCCCUAGGAGCAGGCAUCCUUAAUUACCUGAAUGAGAAAGAAAAGAAAGACAAAGAGCAGGAGCUAAAGGAAGUCAACGUAGAAGCAGUUGCUAACAGCAAGUCUGAAGGGGAAACGUCGCCUUUGGUAACCCACAAAAAUCAAGUCUCCAACACAACCAGUACAGCAGACCCGGAAUCCAAGGAAUCAGUGUUGUGAACUAGAGGCCGUUCGUCUUCACGUGUGCUAGAGGUGGACUGGGACUUGUUAACGCAUCUAGACGUUUGCAGUGCUAACAAGGGCUGGAUAGCUCUUGAAACUUUCAGUUCCAGUCUGUUAAUGAAAUAUGCUGGCCUGGGGAGGGGGAGGGAGGUGGGGUGGGCAGCGAAGGGCUGUUGAGAAAGAACACUCACUUCAUAACACUAUUUUGAUAAUUCGUGUGUAUACAUGUGUAUGUGUUGCACGUGCACACACAUAUACAUGUAUGUGAAAACAAUGCCAUUGAGACUUCUGGUUUAACAAGGCUUCUGUUAGUAAAGGCUCACGUGGGUUGGAGAUGGGGAAGUAGACAUACCCAGUAUGUGCUUAUUGUAAGGAAAAUUUAGUAAGCUUAUUGUGCUGCUGUUUGAAUGGAGAUGCAGUCUAGAAACUCCAGGUUGAGUGAAAGCAUUACUUAAAUUUAUUUUCUGGCCUGGAAACGCUUAUGACCAUUACAGACAUGAGACGAAGCAACGUUUUUCUCCCACUCCCCUUCUUCUCCUGUUCUCCAAUACCUUAAAACUUGCAAAUAUAUCCUGAAAACUAGCUUUUUCUUUUUAAAAAAAUUUUUUUUUGUUUCGUAUCUGAAUUACUAGUUUAUAGAGGUCUAACCCUUGUUCCGUUCCCCCACUGCAUUGCAGCUCAUAGCAGCUUCCCUGCCUUUUGAUGAGUAACUCCCAAACUUUGGGACCAAACAUAGCUCUUCAUGUAGAUUAAGGACUGGUUUCUCCUUUCCUCUAACUGAGCUGUUAAGGAAAAAAUCCAGAGAAAACACAAAUUUUGUUAAAGCAAUCCCUAUGGGGCUGAAAAAAUACAGGGUCUGUUCCAGCUUAAAUACGUGUGAAAGAGGCUUGCCUGUGACAACAUCGAGAAAUCAAGAAGUCGGUUCCUUUCAUGAAAACACGCAUGCUCCUUUGCUAAGCAUGCCGUGUCCUGCUCAUGUUUAUUUAAUGGGUCAGUCCAAACAGAUUUAAGUCAUAUGCCUUUUCCAGCCUCUUCCAGCAAAAUUGAACAGGGGAAAAUCUGAACCCACAUCACGUGGGAACUGACAAGAGGCAAGUCUGAGUGUUGGCUCGGAAGGGGAAGAGGUGAGGUGGUAACCCUGUGUAGUGCAGUGACCUCCGUGCGCUGGGCCAGCCGCACACCUGUUCCCGUAGGAGUCUGGUCCCGCUGUAAAUGCUCUUCCAGCCGCAGCUUACGUUUAGUGAUGGUGGGUGGUGCUGGGCCACCGUGGUGCUUAGUGGCAGGUGGUAACCUGUGCUUGAGGCUGAGCCAAAUGCUCCUGGAUUCCGACUCCACCUUUUUUCCUUUACAACAUACUUCCUGAAUUUGCACCCUAAACCUAAACAAAGUCUGGCAAACUCAUUGCAAAGAUCCUGUUGAUUUAUCUUGGCUUUUUGGACAGCAAAUAGUUAUAAAAUUAGGCUGUGCAUAUGCCGAGGUUUGCCUGGAUUUGUGACACUUUCCCUUGGCUGCCUUAGCAAGAUGAUUGCGUAUGUUCAGUCUCCACACUGUUAAUUCAGAAAAUACAUAUUUACACUUGGGCUUUGAUACAAAGUAAUGCUAAGUCUCCCUUUUUCUUUCUCCUCUCUUGCUUCAGAGGAAGCUAUCUUGGAAAGACACCCAGUUGCUGAUGUUUAUGGUCACGGCACUAGGAAGAGGCAGCUCCAGUUGCAUAGCAGCAGCAGCAGCCUUCAUUUGCAAAGCAUCCUUGCUGGUAAAGGGACACAAUGAAUUUUGCAAAAAGGCUCAGAAUGAGAUGUGGCUACCUCUGAGGGAAAACACAGUGAGUGCGUCAUUGCUGGCUGUUAAACCACGUGCAGCAGGGCUAUGCAAACAUUCGAAGUAGGAAAAGAUUAGUCAGUCCACUGAGAAACUGCAGGUGGAGUUUCUUUUUAACCAGUUUAUUUAUAACCUUGUCCACAAAAUUUGGUCAUUCCUUGAUUCAUCUGCAAAAUGGAAGGAGACAAACACAAUUCGCUAGGGACAUCCUUCGCCCACUAUUUAUUAUUUCAUUUUUAGCAGAUCAAGACCCACUGAAACUUUGUAUUUCCUCCUAUUACAAUCAUCCCAACUCCUUUCAACUCAGGAAACCAAAAGCGCACUUUGUAGCUGACGGUGAAAGUCAACAAAUAAGAGGUGUUUUGAACAAUGUUGGAGGUUUGAAAAAAUAAGUUCUCAACAAAACCUUUUUUUCUUUUUUAAACAAGUCUAAGUAUUUCUUUGAAAAAUCUGAAUGCACCAGAACCCAAAUACUUUGAUUUUAAAGUAGUAUAUGGAAUGUCUCAAAGAAGCUGAAAAUCAUGACUGUUCCCUGUGGGCUGGGUUCUGUAGUUGCACUUUAUCCCCCAUCAAAUAUUUGGCUCCUCUGAUGCUCUCCCUCACCAUGACACGUGCAGCUGGGAUCAGGACACGGGAACAAGCAGCACUCAAAUGACAAUUCUCGUGAAGCCUCACAGCACCAUUUAGGACUAGAACAUUUCUCAACUUUUAUUUUUUUUCAGCUCAAGGCUGGUGUUGCCCACAGGUAAAAGUACUAGCCUAGGCGAGUCCUUCCUCGCAGGCAGCACCUUGCCACUGCUGUCUUGAUCUUUCUUCCCUGUGGUGCUGCAGCUUGAUUGUGCCUCAUCCUUGCAGCCACACGCCAUAGGCUGUGGCACGUUCUUCCUGACAGUAGAUCCCAGGAGAUGGUAAAUCAAAGCCAAUACCUCAGAGCUGUCUUAGUAUUUUCCAAUAGCAGUGCAGAAGCAACACUUUAGCAAAAGUCUUUGCUGAAUAAUGUCUCUCUCACUCCCCACUAGUUGAUUGCCACGUUUUGCAUCAAUGUGGAUGUCUAGUCCCAUGUAAAGCUUGUUAGAGCAGUCAGAUUUAAGGAGAUCAGAUCAUUUUCAUAGCAGGAAUGUAACCAAGGAAAUCUAAUGCUCCUUCUCCUGGAAACAGGUGCCAUAGGAUUUAUAUGAACCAUGAGUAUUCCAGUCUUAACCUGCUAGAUAUCUGUAAUCUUACAGAAGCCCUACUUUAUUAUAGAGUUACAAAGGUGCCAGUUCUUUUGUUGUUUGUUUACAGCAAGAGGGAUCCAUGGAAGCAGGAAUGCUGAGUAACUGCUUGGCAGAACAUCUUGGUCUUUUCUGGAUCAUCCAUGCCAGAAAUCACAUUUCUGAUUUUUCUGUGAUGUUCUGAUUCCUCAUGAUAGCCAUGCUGUAUCUUCUAGGGCUCUCAACCUGGCUUCAAAUAUUUUUUUUUCCUUAAGGUACAAAUGUGAAAGAUCCAAUAUUACACUCUCAGACUGUAAAAAAAUUGAUGCAUUCCAAGGACUGCCCUUGUAAUGCAAAUCCUGAUCGAAAGCCCGAUGAGAUAGAAGACUUACCAUUUGCUUCAAGUGGUUAAGGUCUUCAGGUAAGGCCAUUGGGAGAAAAAUGAAAGGGCUAUCGAAGGAUGUGCAUUUUAGAUGCUGUCCUUGACCUGCAGUGCAGUGUGUUACACUGGGAGCUCCCUGUUUCAGGUCCGGUGCGGCCUCACUUCAAGAGGCUCUGAGCUGAGCAGGUACUCGGCAGCGGUGGAGGUGCAGCCAGCAGUACCUGCUCUGCUCUCACCCAGGCACUCCGCGAAUCUGGUGCCGAUGUGGUACUUUACUCCAAUGUCUCUUGACUGGACUUAUGUUUGUGUUGUCCCAACAUGACUGUAAACUGGAGACCUUUAGUCAGUUGCUUUUUCUUUCAAAAGGAAAUAAAUUCCAUCUAGAAAAUGCUAUUUUUCUUUUUGGUUUUAGUCUUUUUUUGGAAGGUACAAAUUCUCUCCGUAGCAAAGAAGGCUACAAAACCAGCUCAUGUCCUACCCUCUAGUACAGCGAUUGUGUUUUGGGAGAAAGAUGCGGGAGUGUGGAAGAGAGGACUCUGCAAGCCUUUGGCAUGUCAAUCCCAUUUUUUCUCUGAUGCCAUUCAUUCUUCCACUUUUAACUUUUUCAGUGAAGUUUCUCUGACUGUUUUGAACCAUCUUUUAUUACUUCUCCAGGAUUUAUUACAAUCUCCAGGAUUGGCUUUCCACUCCAUGCUUUAUCCAACAUUGCCUGAUUUCAUCCCAUUUCCUGGAAUGCCCUGGGCUGGUUUUAUGUAUCAGUGGCUCAGGUAUAAAUGGGAGAAUGGACAAAGUUUUGAGGGCUCCAGCUGGUCCUUGAGAAAGUAGUUUGCAUUCUGCCUUGCUCCUUGUCCUUAACUCACCAGAGGUUUGUGAGACUUACUAAUAUAAAGAGUUACUCUGAGAGUGUGGGGCAGUAUCUGUCUCUUGUCCUGAGAAAGGUGCUUGUUCUGUGCCGUGAGAUGUGGCUAUCGAUGCCCGAAAAGCCGCAGUGAGUGAUGGAGGGUGCUAGCACUUGGUUGCUAUUAGGAAAUUUUCAGUUAAGACCCGUUAUUCCUAGGAACUGAGCUUUAGCUGAGUCUCAGAUGUGGUGUUGGUAAUUGCCCUACAAGAUUCAGUAAUUGCCAAGGACUUUAAACCCUUCUGGGGUUAUCUUUUGCAAUCAGGGUGGCUUUAGUGUUGAGACCAGACUAGAGUCAAACCCAGGGCUCCCCUUCCAGGGAUGUGACGGGCAGGACUUUGUCCUUUGGACAUAACAGAAAUGUGGAACCAGCCAAAAUACCAAAUCAGCUGGUGAAACCGUCUCUGCUUGGUCUUUUCUGGGCAGCCCUGUUACUGCCUGAAGAGGCAGUGCCCUGAGCUGGAGGUGGUGAGAGGUUUUGGGGACGGUAUGGGGGGCAGGAAGGUUAGGUUAUAUAUGUGCUUGCUCUGUUCCUAUGGUCUUCCCUGGGCGUUUGCUGUGGCCAGCGCCGGAGAUGCACGUGACCCAGCGUCACCAUUUUUAGACUCAUUCUGCUGUGGUUCCUCCGUAUUUUACAGCAAGAAUAAUGAAAACUGAGAUGUUUAGGCAGUUCCUCUUUCAGUCAAGUCAAAGGCCCUGGUGUCUUUGUGCCUGACCACCCUGUCAUAUGUUGUGGGUUAUGUCCUUGAGAGCUUGCAAAAGGUACAAACCCACCAUCUCUUUCUGCAAAUCUGCAACAAUCCUGGCUGAAUCUUCACUCUGCUCCUCUGCUAGUGCAGCAUGUUUCUGUAGCUGCUGGAAAGCACCCUCCUGUUGAAAAUCACAGUUGUUAAUCCUGACCCUCCCAUGGGCAGUGGGCUAUGGGCCUCGUGUAGGAAGAGGACCAAAAGACAAACUCUCACCAAAGGAAAAAUCGUAGAAUCACGGAAUGCUUAAGGAACCUUAAAGAUCACUCAGUUCCAGCCCCCUGCCACGGGCAGGGACCCCUCCCCCCAGCCCAGGCUGCUCCCAGCCCCGUUCAGCCUGGCCUUGGCCACUGCCGGGGAUGGGGCACCCUCAGCUGCUCUGGGCAGCCUGUGCCAGCGCCUCGCCACCUCACGGUAAAGAGUUUCUUCCUAAUAAUGUCACAUCUUCACUGAUUUUAACUGGGCCAUGGCAGUUCAUAAUCACUUGCAGACCUGCCCGUAAUAACUGAUCAUGAUGAACAGUACGGAAUUAGGCAGGUCACAUAAAUUCUCUGCCUGUGCUUCCUUUUCUGUAAAUUAAGUUUACAGAUACUUACUUGUCCCUCACAGGCAAGAGUGUGGAGGGUAGUGACUCGCAGCAUUUGGAAAGAGCUCUUUAAGACACAGAGCACUAAAUCUUCAAUAAUAAUGAACUUUUCAAAAAUCUGAAAGGAAUCAAAUAGUUAUGUGUCACAAAGUCAGGGUUCCAUUGUGCUGGAGUAUGAAUGACUGUGUGAUGGAAAGGAGAUCCAGUAUAUGCGUUUGCUGGGCUAACUCAGGGGAAGCAGGGGAGGGAGCGUCAGUGUGAGUUGCAUUUUAAAAAGCAGAUGUGAUUUAGUCAAGGGGGGCCCAGUGCCCUGUUAUAUUUGCCUUCUUCCAUGUCAUGAAAGCUUAGGUUCAGGUAAAUUAACAGACCUCACCAUGGAUUCAACAUCUAAAUUAGGAGUCUUGACAGCUUGGUUUUUGUCUAGGUUCGAUGCAAGAAAGAGCUUUUCAACUAAAAGAACAAGUUGUCUUGUUGGCAGGAUGGGUGAAAAAGGUGGAGAAAAAGAAGGAAGAGCUGGAGGGUUGCAGGGAGAAUAUCACAGAAGGCAGGGUAAGCGAGCGGAUAAAGAAGCUGGGACCUGAAGAAAGCAUCUUUUCCUUGGCGGUUUGAUACAGAUAGCAACAAAAAGACCGCAGGCAUUUGCCUGGCAUGUAGCAGAAAUGAUGCAAAUCCCUGCCCGCUGACUGGCCGGGAUUUGCAGGGGGAGGCGGGUGCCAAGUGCUGAUGCUUCUGAAGCGCAUUGUCACUGAGCAACAGCAAAGCGUGCAGUGUGGAGCUCUGAUAAGCUGCUUCUGGCUGCUAGCCAUGACCACAGAGAAAUAACGGUACGGCUCUGGAUCAGGGAUUGACCCACAUUCCUCCUUGCAGGAUAGCUGCUCCUCAGAUGAAUGUGUGGUAGCCAUUCUUCUCCGAGGACAAAGGCAGCCUUGUUAUCUAUGCAAGCGUGUUGAUGAAAGCCUUGUUCACUGGCUGCUUCAGGGAAGAGGAAAAUGAGUAUGAAAACGAAACUUUUUCAAGAUGUUGGGCAACACGUUGAGAUAGUUGCCACUGAAUGUUUUAAGUCUAGUGAGGAGUGAUCAAGAGCUUUAUUUGGCUCCUGUAGCACUCUGUCUUCACAUCUGAGCGCUGGCUCGGGAAGUUCAUGUUAACAUGAUAUUCAUUCUCCACAUGGGGUCUUUACAGAUGUUUGUGACCAGCAGGCACCAUUUCACAGCUGUAGAAGAGAAUACACGUAGAAAAAGGUGAAAGAAUGCUUUCUCGAAUCAUGCAAAGGGUCACCAAGCAGGCUAGAAGCAGAUCUUCAAUCCUGAAGCCAAGUUCACUGUCAGCUAACAACUAUCACCUCCCUCAAAAAAUUAAUGUCCGGGGGUUUCUAAGUGUAUUUGAGUAUUGAUACCAUGGUAAUAAUAGUGUGUUAGUGCAGGAUGAUCACUUCUCUUUUUUGGAGGGAUGGAAGGGGAGAAGUGUAGACAUAGGAGAGUUAUCUUCCCUCUAGAAUGGAUUUUCUAAUAGAAAAGGAAAAAGCACAUCUCUUUAAUUGAAGAGGUCACGGUACAGUUACUUAUCAAACUCUGUCUCAGCGUCGGCAGAUAUAUCAUCCUCAACAGCCAUGAAAUCCCGCUUGGAUUUAACCACUGAUCUCGGUGCCAGCAGGAGGUGAGGACUGAGGACAUUUCAGCAGGCCAGCUGCUCUUGUGUGAUGUCCUGCUCAAGAACCAUCUAUACUCGUCCUUCCCGAGGCCAGGGAUGCUCUCUGGCAGGCAGGCAGGCCUGCCGACGGGAACCAGCGCGCGGAAAUGAAUUCUGAGCCAACCCUGUUGUAAUGCAAAGUUAAUGUGGUUUUAAGCCACAGAAACCAAGAAAUUUGGUAUUAGAUGUUCCUCGGGAUAGCUGUCGCUUGCUCCUUCUGAUAACACCACUGGGAAAGUAGUACCCUUCUUUUGCAAGUGUGUAUUUAGCAACUGAUGCUAAACUGCUUAUGGCAUGUUGGUGCAACUUGAGUUAAUUGCAGUUACAUGUUGCAGAAAGAAAUUACCAAGGGAAAUCUUUUCUGAAGGAAACUGUUUGCACAUGCCUGAAUCCCUCUGGAUUACAUUCCCACAGGAAGAAUUGUGCUUAACCAUAAAAAAAUACUCCAAAUAUUAACUGGUUUGGAUUGUAGCUUUUUUAAGAACCAGAAGGAAUGCCGCAAUGUAGACAGGCCAGGGCUUUUGCUGGCGUGCAUUAAUGUAAUUUCCUGAGCUUUCAGUGGCCUGUGGGCUUCUGAUGGAGAUACCUCCUUAGCAGCAUAGGGGUUUGGUCUGGUCCUCUUAAGAUUAUCAUGUUCAGUACAGCAGCAGUAAAGAAGCAUUUUUAAAACUUGUUGGCUAUAACUAGAGGCAUUUUGCGUGCUCACAGUAUUCGUAUGACAUGGCGCCUCCCACGUGAAAAAUGUUUUCUAGAUGGUCAGUGUUUAUGCAGAAGCAAAACUUCCUCAGUUUUUGAUCAGUUUUCCUUCUCUGUAUCCCCCUUGCAGAGUCUGCUGUGGUCCUUGCAGUCUGCCCAAACCCCAGCAGGACCAGGGUCUUGUAUUACAUGGAUUAAACUUAAAGAUAUUCUGGUCCUAUGCGAGGACAUAGACUAUCUCACAUCCUGUUAGGAGGGGAUGUUGUAGGAGAUGGGGCUGGGCUGAAGAAAACCCUGCUUCAUUAAAGCAAUACCUUAAUGACAUCUUUUACACUUUAUAAGUCAAAUGAUUGUGACCAAGCUAGCCCAGCCCUGACUGCCUCCCUGCUCCGUCCCGCAGCAGAGGCUCUGUUGAUACUACUUCCCUGAAGUAACCAGUGUGGAGGUAAUGUGUUUGCUAUCCCUGAAAAUGCCGAUCUUUUAAGAAUAUAGUCUUACUUAGACUUUCUCUGUUGCUACCCUGGCUACACUUCUGUAAGGUCAUCCACCAAGCACAUGCUCUACGGGAUGGAGGCCACGCAUAGCACUACAAACAGCUGAGCGCACCUCUGCUGAUGGGAGAUGAGCCUCUCUGUCUGAAUUGCUUCUUGGUUAGAGCAAGCUGAGACUGACUCACUCAUGCUUUGUGAAGGUGAAGAGUUUGAUAAGAUUUUGAUUAAUCCCUCUAGAUUUGGGGACAGCGGGACCACACCUAAGACACGAGGAGUCUCCUACAGCGGAGGUGUACAAUCUGCCUUAUUAUCCUUAAAGGUGCCUUGUCCUGGUUCCCUUCAGGACAAAUUCCAAGUUGCUGUUUGGCUUUCGAUUAUAACUAUGCACCAAAGGUGAGAGACUCCGUUAUCCCUGGAGACAGGAGGGAGAACAUGAAGUCCUGGUGUGGGACAGGGAAAGUGAGUUUCUUUUCUUUAUCCUGUAAGCUCUCUGUCAGCAAUCCUGCUUCGAUGUAUGUAUGAGUGUGUGUGCUUUUAUUUCUACAUGGACAAAAAUUGCCCUGAUGAGGAGGGAGGAUUCUUGUAUUUUUAUAUGCUAAGCCAUUUGAUUAAUUACUUUAAUAAAAUGACAGACAGAUGAACUCUGGAACUCACUGCCAUCUGCUCCAGUACAAUCCAGUAUCACUGAUACAAAGGUAUUUGUCUUUAGGUAAAACGUAGUGCUUGGAGUAACCACUCUGUUGAGUAAGUACUUGUGCCAUGUGGGUGUGUUGAUCCUUGUGAACAUCUGUAACUGUUCCUCUUUUACAGCUAUGGGUUUGAUCCAUGUGACUCUGUAUCAGCCUUUUUAUUAUCUACCAAGAACAGACGUACGUGCACAUAUGCAAAAAAAGACCAUAUUGCUGUGUCUGGGGGUGUGACCCUGGGGUAGGUAUCACAGAUGUUUACCGUGUCGUGUACCCUUCAGUGUAAAAACUCUCCCUGCCUGCCCGGGGGAGAAAACAGCCCCGUGGCUCAGGCUGAGAUGGUUUGUUGUAGGAGGGUGACACAACAGGAUGUUCUCUCUCUUUUCCCCUUCCCUCAUGGAAAUGUAUGUUUGUUCUCUUUUUGUGUAGCUUCUCAAUCUGAAAUAAAAAUAACCCCAAAUAGAA